CCGAGGAGGGCGGGGGCCGAGCCGGGAUGGGUCCUGUGGGUCCCGCAUCCCCGCGCCGGCGGUGGGGAUCCGGUAUCCGAGUGGGGCGUACUGCGCUGCGCUGGGACGCGCUGGGCUGCGGGCGACGUGGGCAUCAGACCCUUCUCUGACCGCGUCCCCACGCCUGCAGCCCGUGCGGCGCCGGGCGCAGAUUCCCAGGGGCGCCGGCCCGGGGAAGCCGGGGCGCCCCCUCCCCAGGACCCCGGCCAGGCGCCGCGUUCAGACAAAGGGGCGGGAGAUGGAGAUGGAGAUGCUUCCGUGACAGCGCCCGGCGGCCGAGGAGGAGGACGAGGAGGAGGACGAGGGCUGCGGGCUCCGGUGGCGCGGCCCCAGGUCCGGGCGCUCACAGGCCCUCGCUGAGCGGCGGCGGCGCGGGGACGCAGGGGCCAGGCGGGAGGCGCCCAACCCGGAGCCCGCGGAGCGCCCGUUCCGGGCCGGGACCCCGGCCGCACGCUCGCUCGUUCGUCCCCGGCCACCUCGCGGGGCUCGGCCGCUCCGUCGCGCCCCGGGCCGCCCGCGCCGCCCCCUCCCGGCCGCCGCGCAGCGCCCAAGUGUGCCAUCGGGCGGGCGCGGAGGCGGCGUCUGCUCCCACCCUCGAGAUCACAUGGUGACCCUCGGCAGCCAAUGCAGUGGACGCUAGGACCCUGCGGGACCCCGGGCGCCGCGACUGCACCGGCGCCGCUGCAUUAUAAAUACUUCUCCAAAAUGCGGCGUAGCUCCCUGCGCGCGCCCCGGCCGCCCGCCGCCUCCGCCCCGCGCUCCUGAACAGCCGCCGCCGCCGCCGCUGCCGCCGCCGCCGCGGGUCCGAGGGCGCCGCGCCCUUGCCCUGGGCCCGGGCUGAGCCCGCUCGCAGCCCGGCCCGCGUCCCUGCGCUGCGCCGCCCGGCCGGGUGCAUGCAUUGUGGGCCUCCCGACAUGGUCUGCGAGACGAAGAUCGUGGCCGCCGAGGACCAUGAGGCGCUGCCGGGGGCCAAGAAGGACGCGCUGCUCGCCGCCGCCGGCGCCAUGUGGCCCCCGCUGCCCGCCGCUCCUGGGCCGGCCGCCGCCCCCGCCGCUCCCCCGCCCGCGCCGGGCCCCCAGCCCCUCGGCGGCGCGGGGGGCGCGGAGCCUGCGGGGGGCGCGGAGCCUCCGGAGGGGCGCGGCGUGUACAUCCGCGAGAUCCGCGCGGCGGAGCAGGAGGCGGCGCGCCGCAUCUUCUACGACGGCAUCAUGGAGCGCAUCCCCAACACGGCCUUCCGCGGCCUGCGGCACCACCCGCGCACGCAGCUGCUCUACGCCCUGCUGGCCGCGCUCUGUUUUGCCCUGACCCGCUCGCUGCUGCUGACGUGCCUGGUGCCAGCAGGGCUGCUGGGCCUGCGCUAUUACUACAGCCGGAAGGUGGUCCUCGCCUACCUGGACUGCGCGCUACACACAGACAUGGCCGACAUUGAGCAGUAUUACAUGAAGCCCCCUGGCUCCUGCUUCUGGGUGGCCGUGUUGGAUGGCAACGUGGUGGGCAUUGUGGCAGCGCGGGCCCACGCGGCGGACAACACGGUGGAGCUGCUACGCAUGUCGGUGGACUCACGCUUCCGUGGCAAGGGCAUCGCCAAGGCACUGGGCCGUAAGGUGCUGGAGUUCGCCCUGGUGCACAACUACUCUGCAGUAGUGUUAGGCACGACAGCCGUCAAGGUGGCCGCCCACAAGCUCUACGAGUCGCUGGGCUUCAGGCACAUGGGCUCAAGUGACCGCUACGUGAUGCCUGGCAUGACCCUCUCGCUGGCCGAGCGCCUCUUCUUCCAGGUCCGCUACCACCGCUACCGCCUGCAGCUGCGCGAGGAGUGACCGCCACCCACCUGCCCGCUGCCCCGCCCACCGCUCCGUCCGCCUGUGCCCUCCUGCCCGCCGCCCGGGCCGCUUUCAGACGCUCACCUUGGCGUUUGUGUUGGGUUUUUCCUUUUUUGGCACCACACGGUUCUUUGGCUGGUUCUUUGGGGGGGGUGCGGGGCCUUUGCUCAUCCGUGACACUUGGGGAGGUGGGUUGUUGCCAGCCACACCCCUUGCCCUCCCCAGUCUGCUGGGGCCGCAUCCUGAAGAGUGACAGCGUGGACCACCGCGAGCCCACGCGGCUGCCCGGCCCUGGCGCGAGGGGCCCCUUCCAGCCCACCCCCGGGGUAGGGGCGGGCCCAGCCUUGCCCACCAAGCACAGAGCCUCUGUAGUGAGGCCCCCGCCCGGCAGACCCCUGGCCGCCAGCCAGGCGGUGGCUCAGCCAUCAGUCCCCAGCAGGUGUGGCCCGCUGCACCGGCCGGCCACUGCCCCACGGGGCGCUGAGCUGGCUGCGGGCCUGCUUUGCUCUGUGCAUGCUGAGGCUGUGGCCUGGCUGCAGCAUGCCGCAUGCCCACAGCCUCCCGCCCCCUGCCCUGCCUGGACUGGACCCAGACUGGUGAGCGCCCCCAGCCCCAGCCCAGCCUCUUGGGAGGCCUGACUGUCCACCUUGCCCCUUGCUUCACCCAGUUCAGCUUUGCUUUGACAUCGGAUCACCUGUCUUUCCUUUUGGUACCUGCCCCUCCUCCGCCCGGGCUUUGCCGAUGGGUGGCAUCGCCCAGGUGUGGUUCCCAUGGCAACAUGUUGUACAGCCGUGGUCAGGGCCCUUCAGGAGAGCAGGGUAGGAGGCAGUCAUGGGGUCAUCUCUCCCCCAGUGCCAACUUGAUCCCGGUGGCCUCCCCCAGACCUCCCUGAGGACCUCCUGCCUUGCGGCUGACGGGCUCUGUCCUGUGAAUCUUACCAACCCAGGCUGCUGCCUGCACCACCGAGCCCGCAGCUUCUCCCAGCCUGAAGCCGACCUAUUUUUUAAUAAGUUAUUUAGACAGAAUAGCACUCUGCAUGACUUUAAUUCUUGGGACAAAACGGUAGUUUAUACCUUCACACACACACACACACACACACACACACACACCUGUGUGGUCUAGAAUGCACUAUUUCUGGCCCAGUUGGGUGGGGGUGGGUGGCCGGGUGGGUGGAGGGUUUCAGUUUGGAAUCUGGAGGGAGACCCUGACUUAACAUAAUUUCUCCCCAAAGAGCAUUCCUGCUUUGUGAGGAGGCUCCGGGCUACCCCUGUCGAGCUCUCGUGUUGCAGGACGGAGGGCAGGAUGGGAGCAAGUUCCUGGCAGCCUCCCAGUGCAGGAGUUCACCGUGGGCUCUGGGGGACCUGUGCCUCCACCCUCUCCUUCUUGAGGUCUCAGGCAGUGGCCUUGGGGUGCUGGGGUGGCCCAGAGGGGGAGAGGAAGGUGGUGGUUGGCAGUGCCCGCACGUCCAGCUGUAAGCCCGGACCUCGCCUGGUGGCAGGAGGGCAGAGAUGCCCGCCAAGACCCCCUUAUUUGGGGAUUUGGGGGAGGGGAAGUGGCAGGCGUCCUGGGCCAUUGAGCUGGGUCCCACGUGCAGGACCGUGGAGGGAGCAUUCUUAAAGAGGCGCUUUGGAAGUAAGCAGAUGGACGGAACAAGCCUAGUUUCCUGAGGGGCCUUUUGUGCUGUCAGCAACUGAGAUACUUGCAGAACACUGUACAGACCCCGUGCUCCCCUGUACAUUCCCCCUGGUGGCGCCCGGUCCCCGCUCGGGGGUGGGAAUUUUGUAGACUGUACAGAAAUCGGCACCUAUUUUCUUGCAGCUCUCAGAUUUUGUUAAUCCGGAUUAUACAGACAGACGUAAAGUGUUUUAGCAAAACGGAAAACAAACAGUUGUGCCUUUUUCCUCUUUCUGUUUGGUUCGGUGUCGGCUUGGGGUGGCCUUAGUUGGCGUGGGGCGAGUUGGGGCUGCAGCUGACCUGAGGCCUGGCCGGGUGGGAAGGGCAGGCGGGGGCCCGUGACGUCCGCGUGGUGGGUCGUGUCUUGUCAGGUGUCAGGCGGUGGCACUGGGACGCUGCCAGCUUCCUCUGAUCCUGUGCCUUUGGACCUCCCGUCCCUGGGGCGGGGCCCGUGGGUGGGGCCGCCGGAGCCCCCGGGCUGCCCACGUCUGCUGGCAUCGACCGAAGUGCCUCUCUGGUGAUGCUUCUGGCAGUGGUGUGGCCCCUCCCGUCCUGCUGGUGUCUGUCGAUGCUGCGUCCUCCCCGCGCCCCAGUCAGUGGCCCGGAGGCUGGUGGGUGCUGGCUGGGCUCUUGACCUUUCCUUAUGCCCUCUUGCUGCUGCCAGGAGAGAUGCCAGGAGGGGUGUGGCAGGGUGGCCAUGUGUCCGGAACUCUGCUGUCCAGCUGCUGCCUGGCCCCUGAGGUGGGCAGAGGCACCUGUGUGCCCCAGGCUGGGUGCGUGCUGAGCCCAGGUCAGGACCCUUGCCCGGCCGGCAUGCGGCUCCCGGGCUCCAGGGGAGCACGGGGGGCAGGUCUCCCGUCCUCCCCCAGCCUGGGAGCUAACUGCUCCACAAACAUGCACUGAGAUGUGAAUUUUAUACCUUUGUAGAAAUUCUGAUGUUACUUCUUCUACCUCUGUGAAGCGUCCUCCUGGGGUCCUGCCCAGUGAUGUGUCUGGGCAGCUUCUCUGCACUGGGCGGCCCUGGGCCCCCUCCCCUCCCUGCUGGCUCCUGGGCCUCCCCAGACUGGAAAGCCAGCCCUGGGCCCGGCACCCGUGCUCAGGGGUCGGGCUUCCAGGGCUUCUGUUGUCUGUGUCUGGAGCGGAAAGCGGGAGGCAGAGCGCUCAGGAUGUCUGCGUUAGAUGAGCCUGGAACACAGGCCCGAUGGGCACGUCCAGGCAGUGGGAUCCAGGGCAGCUGAAGGCUCCAGCACCUCUGGAUGGCCCAGUGCCACUAGGGUCCUGGCAUGUGGCUGGCGGGCCAUCCCAGGGGUAGCUCCCCCUGCCCAGGUAUGGGCUUUUCAGACAGCUGGCCCCUGACGGUGGGCAGCCAGGGUGGGUGGUGUGCGUGUGUUGAGGCCAGCCAGGUGUCCCGGCCCCAGGAAGGGCCGUGGCAGCGUCUCCCACCUGGUACCUCCAUCGUGUCCGGCCUGGCCUCCCCCUGCUGCCCUUGGGUGGAGUGGGGGAGGGACAGGGGGCAGAAGGCUUGGGCUGGGAGGCCACACGGUCCUGGGGCGGCCCCCACCCUGCUCUGUGUGUCCUUUCUCAGGUGGCCCCUCCGGCAUCAGGCAAGUGCUUAGGAGGCUCUCUGGGCCACAGGGCCUGGCUCUGGCCUCUGGGAGGCAUGUUGACACUUGUGGGUGUGGGUCUUUGCCCAUCCUCGGGCGCUGGGCACACCGCUGGGGCCGCCUUCCUGUCAGUGUCUGGGGGAUGGCUGGACAGUGGCCCCAGGCCUUGGGAGCCUGCUGCCUUUCCCUGGCUAUGUCCUCCGUGUUCCUGCUGCUCCUGUGUCUGUUGGAAGCCGCUUCUGUGAAUCAUUUUGGCCACAGGCUGUGUACCUGUGCUGGUGGCCCUCUGGCCGAGGCUUUUGGGUUCGAGUUCUGGGCUGGGUGUGGGGCAGAUCCUGGACUGUGUUUGCUCCAUGGUGCCAAGGACAGGCUCUCAGUGAUGGCGUGAGGUCCACUGACAAGUGGGCUGCCCGGGGUCAGGGAGGGGAGCCCCAAGCUAACUGUUGUUGGAUGUGGUUUUUUAACAGCAAUAAUUAGCCGUUUUGGAGAAGGGGUGUGCCUGUGUGUGUGCAUGUGUGCCUGUGGGUACGCGCACACGUGUGCGCCUCUGCGUGUGUGCGUGUGUGUGUGUGCAGGGAGGGAGCCUGGGGGCCGAGGGCCCGCUCUGGCUGGGAAGGGGCAGCCGGGAGGUGCUCGGCGGUGCGGCCGGCCUGAGGCCUCGUUCACGCUCCUUCUCCGGACCCAGCGGACCUUGAAUCUAGUGCUCUUUCCUCCCUGGCCAAGGGUGCCGGACGGCCUGUGUGAAGGGGGGUGACCAGGAUGAGCUUUUGCCCAGCUCUCUGGCUGUGUGGGGAGGGUGGCAAGAGCAGUGACACUCAGCCAGACUGGCCGAGAUCAGAUUUGUUUGACCACGGCUGCCAUGGACGCGGUGUCCUUGGGCAGGCAGAGCCCAGAACGUGUCAUGGUGGCUGGUUUCACUUACUGUGUUUACCGUUUGUGAGCCCAGGACUGAGGCGUCUGUCCUGACAUCCCAGGAUGUACCAAACAGCCCCCGAGAGGGCCCGGAGGGGCCGUGCACUGCGUCCAGAGGAGACAGGCUGCAGGGCUGGGGAGAGGGUCCCAGGCUUCCUGUGCGUGUGUGAGCGAUGGGAGGGGCCGGGAGCAGUGUCCCUCCGCCUGCCCAGCCCCCAAUGCUGCUGUUUUUCAAUAAAACCGGAGUUGAUGGAA